AGGCGCCAUUGGCGGAGCGCGUGUGCGGGCCCGGGAGCGGCGGCAGCGGCCGGAGCCCGGUGAGGCGGCGGCGGAGCUCGGAGGCGGCCCCAGCGCAGGAUUUUUCAUUCCCAAGGAGUGUCUGGAUGGAGGAGGAGGAAAAGCCCCCGAGAUCCUGCCCGAGGAGGGGCUGCAAACCCAGCGCAGGGAGCUGCGAGGAGGAAAGACCCCCCCUGUGCCAGGAGGGCGGCCGGAGAUGCAGGCGGAGCUCAGAGCUGGGGGAGAAGCCUGAUGGAGGGGAGAAGCCCCACAAGUGCCUGGAAUGUGGGAAGGGUUUCAGAUACAGGUCCCAGCUUAUCAAGCACCAGGUGAUCCACAGUGAGGAACGGCCCUACGAGUGUGGGGAGUGUGGGAUGAGCUUCAAACACAGCUACAGCCUGGUGCAGCACAAAAGGAUCCACAGAGGGGAACGGCCCUUUGAGUGUGGGGAGUGUGGGAAGAGCUUCAUCCACAACUCAAAUCUCAUCCGGCACCAGGUGAUCCACACUGGGGAAGGGCCCUAUACCUGCUUGGAAUGUGGGAAGAGCUUUGCAUGGAGCUCUGGCCUGAGAAACCACCAGCUCAUCCACACUGGGGAGAGGCCCUACGAGUGUGGGGAAUGUGGGAAGAGGUUUCCGAACAGCUCUGAUCUCCUCAGACACCAGCAGAUUCACACAGAGGAGAGGCCCUUCCGCUGCCCCGACUGCGGGAAGGGCUUCAAGCACAACUCCACCCUCACUGUCCACCGGCUCAACCACACCGGGGAGAGACCCUACGAGUGUCCCGAGUGUGGGAAGAGGUUUCAGACCAGCCCCACUCUCCUCCUACAUCAGCAGAGUCACACAGAGGAGAGGCCCUUCCGCUGCCCCGACUGCGGGAAGGGCUUCAAGCGCAAAUCCACCCUCAUCAGGCACCGACGCAUCCACACUGGGGAGAGGCCCUACAAGUGUCCCCAGUGUGGGAAGAGGUUUCAGACCAGCUCCAAUCUCCUCCUACAUGAGCAGAUUCACACAGACGAGAGGCCCUUCCGCUGCCCCGACUGCGGGAAGGGCUUCAAGCGCAACUCCACCCUCAUCAGGCACCAGCGCAUCCACACCGGGGAGAGGCCCUACGAGUGUCCCCAGUGUGGGAAGAGCUUCUCCUGUAGCUCUCACUUGACCCGACACCAACUGAGGCACCAUAAGGGAAGCCCUGUGAGUGCCCCAAGAGCGGGAAGAGCUCCGUGUGCUGCUCCAGCUCCAUCCCCCAUGGCAGGAUCAGCGUUGGAUGAUCCCCAGUGACCCCCGUUGAGCAGAGCCCUGGUGAUCCGUGGUCCUGGUGAUCCCCGUUGGGAGGACACCUGGCUGGGAUGCUCCAUAUCUUCCUGUCUCCCCGUGGGCACCUGGAUGAACGCAGGGGCAGGAACAUCCAUGGGGACACAGACUGACAUUGGGAAUUCCCUGGGGAGAGUGGGUUUGUUGGCUUUCAAGCCAAUAAAAUCUUUUGUGUUCAAUGCUAUCUUCUGGUGGCAUCAAGGAAUGCUGGAUGGUCUUGGAGGUCUUUUCCUGCUUCAGGGAUUCAAUGAUUUUGAUUUCCUAUUGUGCAGUGUUCCACAGCCAAAUGGAGAUGGACUGGGGGGAAAACCAAGAUUUUGGUGAAAGUGGGGUGGAAACCCCUCCAAAAACGGUUCUGUCCCACCCAAGCAUGGUGAUCCUCAGCCAACACGGACACAGAAACCCUUUUCUUUUGGCCUUAAUUUGAUUUUCAUUUCUCUUCAUCCCUUCAAAAUACCCAACAGUGGGGCAAAAGAAAGACAUUGAACUAAGACAUGGGUGGGGGAAUGGGGACACAUGGACAUGGUGGGACACAGAAAUGGAGAGUGAGAUGGGGACACAUGGACAUGGAAGUGGACAUAGCCAUUCAUGGGGAUCUGACGAGACACAAGCACAGAUGGAGACGUGGGGGGCGAUGACAGGGAUGGAAACGUGGUGGGGAGACAGCCCUGGGUGAGGACAUGGUGGGACAUGGCCAGUGACAUCUGGGGACAUGGCCCUGGCCGGUGCCAUGGGGGGAACUUGCAGGGGCUGUGGGGGAUGCUGGGUUUGAGGGAGUUGAGGGUUCCUGGCAGGGACUUGGGCCUCACUGAGGGCUUUGGGGACCCCAGGCCCAGCGGCUGCAGCUGUGCUGGGAGACGCUGGCGGAGGUUGUGGGGCAGCUGCUCAAGGAGCCCCUGACCUGGACUCUCCUCUGUGCAUUGGGGUCCUGGAAGGGAAUGAACGUCCUUGUCCCCAGGAGGGAAAUCCCAGCAGCCCCACGGUGUUGGGAGCAGCUGAGAGGCCCCAAAAGAAGGGGAAAGCCAGACAGAGGUGUCCUUCUCCAAAACU